AUUGUUUACAUCACGUAUCAAUCUGUUUUACGAUUUCGUUUUCAAAUAUGAUAAAAAUUACCGGUUUUUGUCUAUCGAGUUGUACGUAAAAAUAGUAUCCGGGAAGAAUUGCAAAAUUUAGAUAUUUUUAUCACAACAGUUACUGCCUAAUUCGCAGAUAAAUUUAGAAUCGUUCAUCUUGGAACAGAAUAACUGAUUUUAACGAAAAUGAUUUUAAGAACUGGUCUCUUGAUGCUACUCAUUGGCGCACUACUAAAUGUCUCGCAAUCGGCUACAACUCAUAAGCACAGUCAUCAAACGGCUAAUCCCGGGAACAAAGAACGACUAGAAGAUGGUAGCUUCGCUAACCGGGAUGUACAUCAUAUGGAAGGAGAAGACCACCGCACAGAGUUCGACCAUGAAGCUAUUUUAGGUAGUGUUAAAGAAGCAGAAGAAUUUGAUACAUUGUCUCCAGAGGAAUCGAAAAAAAGAUUGGCGAAAUUAGUUGUAAAAAUGGACUUGAAUUCCGAUGGAUUUGUGGAUCGACAUGAGCUCAAAGCUUGGAUACUGCGUUCGUUCAAGAGUUUACUAGAAGAGGAAGCCACCGAUCGGUUCGAGGAUAUCGAUCAGAACGCCGACGACAUUAUUACAUGGCAGGAAUAUUACGUUGAUACUUACGGUAUGGAGAGCGAAGAUGAUGAGGACAAACCAGUCAUAAUGGAUGCCAGCAAAGCAGAGGAGAAGAAACUAAUUGCUGACGACAAGGAAAUGUUCGAGGCAGCUGAUGGUAACAAGGAUGGAAAACUAGAUCCAAGCGAGUUUGUUUUGUUUAUGUCUCCUGAGGAGUUUCCGCAAAUGUUUUCAGUCGUACUGAAGCAAACAUUGCGCAGCAAGGACACUAACAGCGAUGGAAAAAUUGACUUUCAAGAGUAUGCUGCAGAGCACUCGCGCGGACACGAUAAGGAGUGGUUGAUUACGGAGAAAGAUCGCUUCGAUAACGAUUUUGACAAGGACGGUGACGGAUACUUGAACGGGAAUGAAAUUCUUUCAUGGAUUUUGCCUAGUAAUGAAGAAGUUGCCGAGGAUGAAGUUGCACAUCUAUUUGUGUCUUCCGACGAGGACCAUGAUGAUCGUCUUUCGUAUAAAGAAAUCAUUGAUAAAUAUGAUAUCUUUGUUGGUAGCGAAGCUACCGACUACGGUGAUCAUUUGCAGAAUAUUCACCAUUUGGACGACGAAUUGUAAAGUGGGAACAACUCUUGUGUCCGGUUACUCGCAAAAUUUUUUACUGUAGUCAGAAAAUGCCAGUAUUUAACUAUAAUUUAUUAACAUUUAACCAAAAUUAUGUUGCCAUAUCAAAAUGACCCAUUUUAACAUCCAGCACAAAAUUUUCACUUUAACGUAAGACAAACUAGUUUCUUGAAAUUUCUAAUUUAU